AAAAAAUGACAAAAUGUCCAUUAAACAAAAAUCCAAUCCGCUCCUAUUUGCUUUUUCCCCCUUUAUACUCUUUCACACUCACUGAGACACUCUAACGAACACCUUGUAAGCAAUUUGGUAAAUCCAAUAAAUACUCACCAAUUUCAUUUUUAUGUUGAAAUAUAUAUGUUAGCUUAGCUGUAUAAAUGCAAAAUUCAUAAAAAAAAAUAAAUACAGAAGUAAAAAAAUGUCGGAAGUAGAGAAUUUGAUGUCGAAGAAGAGAGCAGUAGAUCGGUAUCUGAAACGGGAAGUUCUUGGUGAAGGUACUUAUGGUGUUGUAUACAAGGCCAUUGAUACAAAGACUACCCAGGUUGUUGCUAUCAAGAAAAUUCGUCUUGGGAAACAGAAGGAAGGGGUGAAUUUUACUGCCCUGAGGGAAAUCAAAUUAUUGAAAGAGCUGAAGGAUCCUACGAUUAUUGAAUUGAUUGAUGUCUUCCCGCACAAAGGAAACUUGCAUCUUGUGUUUGAAUUCAUGGAGACAGAUCUUGAGGCCGUGAUUCGUGAUAGGAAUAUCUUCCUUUCACCUGCCGAUAUAAAAUCUUAUAUCCAGAUGACAUUGAAAGGUCUUGCUUUUUGCCACAAGAAAUGGGUCUUGCAUAGAGACAUGAAACCAAACAAUUUACUGAUUGGACCUCAUGGGCAGCUUAAGCUUGCUGACUUUGGAUUAGCACGUAUAUUUGGUAGCCCUGAUAGAAGAUUCACUCAUCAGGUUUUUGCCCGGUGGUACAGAGCACCAGAAUUAUUGUUUGGUGCGAAGCAGUAUGGACCUGGAGUAGAUGUUUGGGCCGCUGCAUGUAUCUUUGCUGAGCUCCUCCUACGGCGACCAUUUUUGCAGGGAAACAGUGAUAUUGAUCAGCUAGGGAAGAUUUUUGCGGCCUUUGGGACCCCAAAGCCUUCACAGUGGAAUGAUAUGGUCCACUUGCCGGAUUAUGUUGAGUACCAAUAUGUCCCUGGACAACCACUCAAAACACUGUUUCCAACGGCUACUGAAGAUUGCCUGGAUCUUCUGUCAAAGAUGUUUAUGUACGAUCCAAAAGCUAGGAUCUCAGCACAGCAAGCAUUGGAGCAUCGGUACUUCUCAUCAGGACCUCCACCUACGGAACCAGCUCUGCUUCCAAGACCUCCCCCUAAGCGAGAGUCUGCAAAUUCUAAGAUGUCAGAUUUCAAUCCACAUGAUGGUCCUAUGGUAUUGUCUCCACCAAGAAAGUCAAGGAGAGUGAUGCCACACCGCGAAGGAUUUGAGGCAAAUGUGCGUCCAGAAAAUAUGGAUGACCAUGGAAAUGAGGUCCGACAAGCUGCUGGUGAGAGGAGUGAACAGGUACCCAUGUCACUGGAUUUCUCAGUCUUUGGGAUGAAACCACCCACUAGACCGACCAUUAACAGCGCUGACAGAUCACAUCUAAAGAGGAAAUUAGAUCUUGAAUUCCAACCCGAAGAGGAAUAAGAUAU